AUGGACUCAUCAACAUCAUCAACAACAUCACCUUCACCUUCACCCAGUGCACUUGUACAGACUCUCAACCAAAAGGGAGUUUACUGCAUUACCACAGGAAGAUGCAACCGUGCCAUUUCCUUUUUUGUCAGGGCAAUGGAAGUCAGCAAGCAAGAUCAACAUCGGACUGCGUGCAACUGCGAGCACUGCUCCUUGGAAGCUUGCAUCGAAUACAGUCACAGCCUUGUUCAAGAGCACAGUGAAUCAGCCAUGGAGGAAGACGACAGCUGUGAUUUUGUCCGACAAUUUUGCAACCGAGAGGAUUCUUCUUCUCACAAUCAUGAUGAUGAUGGAUACCUUUACCGAAUUCCAAUCGUCACCAAACCAGAUUCCAUGGGUCAUUCCAUGGGAAACAUCAUGCCCAAGAUACUGACGUUCAAUCUGGCACUCGCUCACCACUUGAAGGCCCUGGAUGAAAAGCAAAACAAUUUCAAAAUUGCUGUUCGACUGUACCAACUGGUAUAUCAAACCGAACUCAAAGAAAAGAGCAAGGCUUCCUUUUUCUUCGCACUGGUGGCUGCCAAUAAUCUGGCGGAUGUUCAUCGAAGGCUCAGCAACCCUCAGAAACAACAGCAAUGUUUACAAUUUGUCUUGUCAGCAAUCAUGCUUAUGGGAUAUGAUAUCAGCUCACGAAAUCGAGAAUACUGCAAGGUGGAACUCGAUGGUUUCGUACGCAACGCAACCUCGCUGAUACUGACGCCGGGUUGUGCCGCAGUCGCUUAG